GUAGAUACGACCCUUACCGCACAGCCAUGGAGACCGGAUUCCGCACGCAAUAGUCUGAGUUUGCGCGGUGCUUGCGAAAGGCGCGUCCUGGCUCCGUCGCCGUUGCGGUCGGGAUUUUACUCGUCGACGAGCUUCCGUGCUGGAGCGUGCGCGUCCCAUCGCACCGUGAAAGGGAGACAGAGAUAAAAACGAAUAGAAGCGGCUAUCUCGUUUCGCGUCCGGCCCGGCCAAACACCUACGACUCCAAAACAAAAGGGAGUGGACGCCUCUCCGUCCGCGGAAGGGUUAAAUUAGGGCCGUUUUUUCGCCCACGAAAAUGUAACGAUCGAGUGGACCGGUAUCAGUCUGAAAAUAGGCUCCGUAGCGUGGUAGAAGGGGGGAGAAGGAGAGAUCGCUCCCCGUGUUCGUAGAUCGCGAGUGAAAGCAUCUCGGCGAGAAGCUCUCCAUGGCGUGAAGAGUCGACACACCGGUGGGAACCAGUACUUGUACGUGAAAGCUGAAGCUCGACGAGAAUCAGGAUGCACGCGGUUGGAUUGCACUCGGCGCUGGCCAUCAAGCGUCAAAGAAACCGUCGGGAUGAGCAGCGUCGCGCCCGUGAGCGCCGUUAUAGCGCGCAGUCUGGCGAGAGCGGCCUGACAUCGCCCAGAGCAUCGACCGGUUCCUUGGACCAUCACUCGAGACACCACAAAUCUGGACACCCGAACCGUUCAGCAGGCCAAGGCAUGUUGGACACAAAGGUGGUCACGUCGAUCGGGAUGCUCCACAUCGGCGUGGUGUUCCUGGUCCUCGGUGGUUUCCUUCUGAUGAGCGGUUUGCUGCCAGGAGAUUUAGCCCAGUGGGGCACCAAGGCGUCGGGAGGUUGGUGGAACGAGCUGGUGGCGAUCGGUUUGUUCGCCAUCUUGGUGGGGAUCUUUCUGAUCAUCCUGAACCGAGUGAUCGCUAAAAAGGAAGAGAACGACUUGGAGGAGUACGUGCAGAGGCAACUGACCAGAUCCAGGUCGGGGCACAGGCUGGAGAGGGACGCCGAGACCGGAGGAUUGACCACCAGGCACGCCAGAAGAGCGAGACAGUUGCAGCAGGUUGCUUCGAGCGCUUCCAUCGAGACGGAAAACGAGAAAGACUCGGCGUCUCCGCCUAGAAGUCCUCCGCCAGCUUACUCGCCGCCACCCACGAUGAACGGGGAUCACCAGGCCGUACAGUCGGCUCUGUACCUCGAACAGAUCACCGAGGAGGAGAUCAUCAGCGAUCGCGUCGAGACCUCGACGACCAACAGCCUCAGUCCAGGCUCGCCGAGUGAGACUAGAGAAUUGUUGCAGAACCCUCGAUACUCGAAACAGAACGGGAAUCCCCAGCAGGCUCAUCGUCCUCUCUACGUAUCCAGGAUCUAGGCGGCUGGGGAAGCUCCGACGUCCUUUCAAUCGAGAUUCGAACGAUCGUCUCACAUACAAGGAUCUCAUAUCGGGAGCAAAUUCGGCGACGCGACUUCCACCACAACGAGUGCUUUUAUAACUCGGUAUCGUGGAUAAACGGUGUGCUUUCUACCUUUUUCACAUUAAUUAUGUCAAUCGGCACGAACGGAUCAGCAACAAUCGAUUGAACGAGCUCGACGGUGACAGGAAUUUGCUCAGAAAUCGUUUAAGAAUGUGAGUUAGAUGUUAGGGAACGGAUGUUGAGCAAGGGGUGAGGGGGAGGGGGGAGGUAAAAGAGGAGAAAGGAAUUAAUCACAGAGAAAUAAUGUACUUCGAGUUGAUAAAACAUUCGAUUAUAUUCCGCCAGCGAUUUUCCAUAUCUUAUAACGGAAGCCGAUGUUCCUCGAACUUAAGUACCGCUACGAUAAGCUAACAAGUAAGACGAAACUCCGAGCUUGAAUUUUUGACGGUCAGACUUCGAGAGUUAUCGAGAUCUCAUAAGUUGAUCGCUCGAGGCAGCUACUUAAGACUGUUCGAUGUUAAAGAUAUCGCUACUGUACUAUACAGCUAGGCCGCUAUUGCAAACUUCUCCCAACGAAAGGCUUUGCCAGAACGGGGAUUAAACAGGGAUGAUCGCAGAGCUUGAACAGUGGGACCAAGCUUUUGUUCUCGAGUUUUUGCUGCGAGAGCAACAGUUGGAAUACGCAAACACCACAGUAAUUCCGUUUAAGCUGGACGAGUAAACAACAAGUCUUCGAGCGUGAAAUCAGAGCCUAGCACACAGUAGGUUCGGGAUAUAUACUUAUGAGAACCUUGCAUUGACGAAAUUCAGAUGAUUAAAGCGGUUGUAUGCUCUUGAGAUCAGUUUAUGGUUCGAUUAUAGUAAAUAAUACGUUUGAUACAAAGAGUGUUUCGAUUUAGAAUUUAAUUGGAUUUAACAGUAGGAGGAGACAAAAGUAACAUAAUCGAUAAGUAUUAUUUUUUUUAAUUGAAUAUAAAUUAUAAAAUUUUGAAAAAAAUGUUUUUAGUACACUUCAACAAUGGGGUUACUUUCUAUAUUCGUUUUGUUCAUAAAUGUAAUUAUAAUAUAUUGAAAUUAACUGCUCUUUUUGCAAAGUGUUACAGUUGACACAAACUAAUGUCAGUUACAAUUUGAUGAAAAAAUUAGUUCAACAAUAUCUUGAAAACUGCUACAGAUUAAAAAGAACUCUGUACUUACAACUAUCUGUUAUUAGUUUUCAACAAAAUAAGUAAUUUGUCUAACUGUCAAACGAAAUUAAAUUUGAAUGAGUUAUUUUACUUUUACUACAAUCUAAAGUUUUGUUAAUUUCGAUAUGUCAGUUAAUAAUUUUUUUCAAUAAAUAUGUGAGCCUUGAUGAUGUAUUAGGUAGACUGGAAAGUGAUGUCGUUUCUUUUACAUAAAAUUCAAACAAAUUUUUAAUAAAUUUCUAUUUUUAAUUAAUUAUAUACAUAGUUGCCCUUGUUAUCAACAGCAUUUUACCAUCUAGUAUGAAAAUUUUCAAUGCCAGAUCAAUAAAAAUCAAUGAGCUGAUGAACGAUGAACAAGUAUUUAAAAUUACAAAACGACAUUACGUUCACACAAGAAAAUAGUGGCUUGGUAUAAUUAUUAAAUAACGUAUUGCACUAAUAUCAUCGAUGUUACUUCUGACACCUGUUACUUUUGAUACCAGUCUCAGAUUAUCAUUUACGAUUAACGAUUAUCGACAUAAGCGUGACGUCAUUAAUCGUUAGACGAACCUGUAAUUAAUGAUCGUUCUUCGGUAGAUUAAACUAAUAAUCUGUUUGAACUAAUAAACAGACUAUUCGGAAAAUUAAUCUCCUGGACAAUUGAUAAGUUCUUCCUCAUCGAUGAGGCCAACUAGCUGUCAUAAUGCUCUUUGCACUAAUACUAUUAUUUAUUAUGCAACAAAAUCUUUUUAAUAGAUCUUUUUAAUAUCUAAAAAAGUGUCUGAUCUUCGCAGAGGUAAACGAUCUCAGACACCUCUCAAUAUCUGCAAGACCCUGUGCAAAGCUGUUGCUUUUCCUAACGAGAAGCCUUAAUCUGAAAUUUCUCGCUCAAAGACGAAUAAUCGGUCUCUCUGUACGAAUUUUCUAAUUUUUCGUAUUAUACAAACUUAAACGCACGCAAUCAACUAUCAAAUAAAGAACGAAAUGAAAUGGCACGAGGUGAUCUACCUCCUCGAGAAUGCUGUCCGGUAAACGCUACUUUUCACUCGAAUACGAUCCGUCUCAUUCAGAGUUCGAGAUCCUCGGGGAAUCGCGUUUCAACGCGAUUGAUGUUCAAUCAGCGAUCGUUCAAGCUGAACAUAGUCCUAUUCGAAGCAAUUUCCUGUGAGGAAGUCCAGCUGGAACGAUACGGAACGUCGAAGGACACGAUAUCCUCCUAUGUUACCAGAGGAAGAUGUCUUGCGAUGUCGACGGCCGAUAGGAAAUCAAUUUUCCUCGACGAAUCACGGUAGUGAGAUCAUUGUGUACAUUUCCAUUCAGGAGUUCGCGUAAACGAGAUCUCGAUAAUUUCAGUCGCAAACUGCGCCCGCGAAGUUCCCAGACCUCGAUGCGUGUGACGACAGAUCACAGAGUUUAAACAAAUGCAAUGACACGCGUACCAGUCUUUUGAUAUCGCGACAAACGCAAGCUCGACGCUUCUAUUCGUUAAAGAACAAAAUGAGAAGAAGGUCCUAAUCGUAAUCCUUAGCUACCGUUUCGCGGUUCACUUCGUGUAUUGAUCGUUGAUUCGUUGACGCCCUGGGAACGGCGAGUCGACGGAAGAGAAUCAAGAUUCAGCGGGUUUGCAUCGGCAACGAACUACGAGGAAAAUGAAGAAUAAAAAUCACUGAAAACGGAGGUUUGGCAACUGGUGAAGAAAAAAUGCUUGAAAUUUUUAGAAAAAUGCGAUGCAAGUGAUGCUGACAAUGUAAUUGUUAUUUUUUUUUGUGUCAGGAAGGGUAUGGUCUUGGUUGCGAAAAUAUUUCUUCGAAGAAUUUGUAUUUUUAUAUUAACGUAUAUUAACAAUUUAAAUUAAUUUAUACUUCUGUGACUACUGUAUUGUGGCUAUUAAUGCAAGGAAAAAAUUUCUUGAAAUUUUAUAUUGCCACUUCUUGAUAGCUAUACAAAUAUUCAGUAAUAUUUCAUUGAUUAUACGUACAUUAAAUCGUUAAAUGAGUCGUUCAAUGACAUUUAAUAACAUUUUAUCAGUUUAAUUGACAUUACUAUGGUUUUGAUUUCAACAAUAUACUAAAAUAGAAUUAAGAGUAAGAAUUACAAGUAAUAGUCACUUUGCUAACAUCACUCGAACUACUUUAUUUCAAUGAAAUUUCACAUUUUACAAUUCUCAAGCUGCCGAACUUCUUUCGUGAGCCAUAGAAACACAAAUGUGUUUAGUUGCUCUAAGUAAUGAUGAAUAAAUACGUGCUAAAAAAUGGGCAGAUCGUCCAAAUUUGUUUGCCGAUACGAGCACUACUCUUGAUUGCGCUA